UACCGUAAUUGGUUAAAAUGAGUGAUUUAGCGAAUGUUUACCAGUUGUUUCGGAGUAAGUUUGAAAAUUAUGACUUCCAGUAUUACUAUCCUCCAACGUACAUCCGUAUGCUCACCGAAAGCAAUGAUAAGAUUAUUUUUACCUUCAAAGAGAAACAUGUCAGCAACGGUAACAACUACCUCAAUCAAAUAAAAACAUCUCCUCAUAAUGGUAGCAUAUCGGACAGUCUCAACUUAACCGGAUCGCCAUUGAAGGAUGAUGUCGGCAACGUUGAUGACCUGCAGGUGAAAGAUCCCGAUGUGUUUGUACGAAAGAGCUGGACGUCGGAUGAGGAAACCUACGGGCCCCUAGACACCGCCGAGGCCCGUUCAAUCCUGCAGAACUUUAUCAAUCUCGACUGCAAGGUUGGCCGGGGAGACAUUUGGACGCUUUGCUCUGGCACCGAUGGCGACGGGACGGUGCUACUGCAGCUUGCGGUCAACUCGGAUGCGAACGAUCAUAGGCAGUUCGUUCGUGGUGUGGUACGAUCAACCGGUGUGGAGGAGUGCAACAGUGUCACGAUGGCGCACCUGAUAGACAUUCACCGGCAGCGUGCCGAAGGGAUGAAGUUUAAUAAUAAAAUUUACAUCCGCCAAUGGUACAACCUUCAGCCGUAUAUUACCGUCCGUUUGAGUUGGCACACGAUUGGUGAAAACGCCAGCUUUGCCUUAGAGCGGAACGCCCACGUCCGGCUGAGCCAACGGUUCCCGGUGGACGGUGGCGCAUUCAGCCGCAACUCGCGGGCCGAGUACUUCUGGCAGCAGUUGCAGCGUUUGGCGAUGAUGAAAGAUAAAAUUUUGGACAUUCGUGCCAAUCGUACAUCCGGAUAUGUGAGCCAUGACAUCAGCAAUGAAGGGUUAAACGAAGUCAAUCUGGACUACGUGAAGCAGAAGGUGAACAACAUCCUGUCGACCUUUAUCACGGUGGAACCGAAGAAUUUCGACUUCCAUAACAUCGCCGGGAUGAUUGACCAGGUCCGGCUUCGCAGUUUGACCGACGUGAUGGAACGGCUCUACGAUGCCUUAACACUAUGUUCGAAUUACGAUGAUUUGAAGGCAGCCAUCGAUUACAUUUUUCAUCUGUCCACACAUUCGAAUAUUGUGAACGUACCAACAACGGGCACACGUUUCGCGCAGCUGAUUCUAGCCAUGAUCCAGGACCGACUGGCCAUUCCUUCGUUGACCCCGUCGGAGCCGUACGAGCUGCUGUUGGAGUGCGGGUUCGCUAAGCUGAUGAACGAUUACCGCACGAUAUUCGCCGAAUGUGGCAUCUACGAGCUGGAAUUUGACAAGCUCUUCCAAUCGCAGCCAACCAACACCCGAAAGUCGCGCUACGCGUCGACGGCCGCUGCCCCAAAUUCCCGGGGUGGGAAGGAAUCGAUCACCAGCAAGAGCUCGUUGUUCCAACCGCUGGAAGUAACGCGUCCCGAAAAGUCCAUCCUUCUGAGCAACUUCGACGAGGAGGAAGCAAAGACCAAGUUGAACCGUUUGGCGCAAGUUCACCUGCUGCUGGAGCACCUUCUGUCGCUCGCCGAUACCGUGAACAUCCCGUCGAUUUAUGGGCGUGUGUGCGAGGUCUAUCUGGCCCAGCGGCCGCUUAGUUAUAGUGAGGUGUACAACCGUGACACCGAUUUGCUCGAGCUCGACGUCAAUGAGUUUCAGCUGAUAGAACUGGUCAAGAAGCAGGUACCGUAUGGGCGGCGCGUCUCGAUGUCCUCGAGCAACAUGCUGCAGAAGGUGGAAACGGUUUUCCUACAGUACGCCCAGCCGAUCCUACCGGACUGUUUCUUUCCGGAGUCCAGGCAGGAGGAGGAUGAGGUUCCUGGCAAGAGGAACAAAUACUGGUGCUACGAGUACGACAAAAUAGAACGGCUAUAGAAACAGUGCAACGUAAUUUCUAUUCGGAUAAGGGAGAGAUAAUAGGCAUAACGGUAUGCAGUUUUGUGAAUCGCUAAGACAGUUUGCAGUCAGACCAUCCAAUGGACUCCUCUAGGAUUGUACUUUGAUAUCUCUUCAGAAUGUCGAAUAAAUCUUUCGU